UCUCUCUGUCCAGGUGGGGAACCACAUUGACAAGAAGUGGGUUGCUCAGGAUGCGGGUAUCGGAGCGGGGGUCGACUCCUACUUUGAGUAUCUGGUGAAAGGAGCCAUCAUGCUGCAGGACGAGGAGCUGCUCAGCAUGUUCCUGGAGUACGAUCGAGCCAUUCAGAACUACACCCGGUUUGACGACUGGUACCUGUGGGUCCAGAUGCACAAAGGAACCGUCUCCAUGCCAGUUUUCCAGUCUCUGGAGGCCUUCUGGCCCGGCCUGCAGUCUCUCCUGGGGAACUUGGACAGCGCAGUGAGAACCUUCCAGAACUAUUACUCUGUGUGGAGACAGUUUGGAGGUCUGCCGGAGUUUUACAGCAUCCCUCAGGGUUACACUGUGGAGAGAGAGGGAUACCCACUGAGGCCAGGUGUUACGCCUCAGACACAGGGAAGGAAGACUCAUACGCACGACUCCGGACACAAUGGGGCUGUUCUGGUCCUCACUCUUCCUCUCCGACAUGAAGUCGCCGCCCUGAGAAGAUGACCACUUCCUCCUACAACAGCAGCAGCAGUCAGUGAAACACAAAACUUAAACAUAACUUUCCUCCAGCUGCCC